AUGGGUGACAUCCAGAUUCCCAAGAAGCACAAGGCUGCCGUCUACGACAAGCCUGGGUCGAUAUCGACCAAGAUUGAAGAGCUCGACGUGCCAGAGCCAGGUGCUGGAGAGGUGUUGAUCAACUUAACUCAUUCUGGUGUCUGUCACUCUGACCUGGGCGUCAUGCUCAACGCAUGGAAGAUUCUUCCAUUCCCGACACAGGCAGGCCAAGUGGGAGGCCACGAAGGAGUCGGCAAGAUUGUCAAAAUGGGACCCGGAACGGACAACUCUGCGGUCAAGGUCGGAGACCGAGUUGGCAUCAAGUGGAUGGCUGGCAUCUGCGAAGCAUGCGAGCCUUGUCGUGCUGGUAUGGACGCGAACUGCUUCAGCGGCAAAAUCUCUGGCUACUACACUCCCGGUACCUUCCAGCAGUACGUCCUUGGCCCUGCCAACUACGUGACCCCCAUCCCAGAUGGCCUCGACUCAGCUGCGGCUGCACCGCUUUUGUGUGCCGGCGUAACGGUCUACGCGGGUUUGCGCAAGACAAACGCAGAAUCAGGAAACUAUGUCGUCAUCAUGGGUGCUGGCGGUGGUCUCGGUCAUCUCGCGGUUCAGUACAGUGCCCGAGGCAUCGGCCACCGUGUGAUUGGUAUCGACCACUCAAGCAAGAAGGAUCUCGUGAUGGAAUCAGGCGCGGAGCACUUCAUUCCCGUCGAUGGCACCGAGUCGCUUGCUGAAGCCGUCCAAGCCGUCACCGACGGGCACGGUGCCCACGCAGUCAUUGUAUGUACCGCGCAUCAGGGUGCGUACGACGAGUCGGUCAAAUUGUUGCGGUUUGGUGGGCGAGUGGUCUGUGUUGGUAUUCCCGAGGGCGACAUGAAGCCCAUUGCGUCUGCCACUGCCGGACUCAUGGUCGGAAAGGCGCUGCAGAUCGUUGGCUCUGCGGUUGGUACAAGGAAAGAAGCAAUCGAGGCAGUGGAGUUUGCUGCGAGAGGCAUCGUGAAAACACAUUUCAGGGUGGAAAAGCUGGACAAGCUGACGGAUGUCUUCAAAGAAAUGGACUCUCAGAAGGUGAAAGGGCGUGUGGUUAUCGAUCUGUCGGACUAG